UGUACAUACGCGCGUCCACACGUCCUAAGCUUCAUAUCAUCAUCAUGGCUUCACAUUUCAAUUUUUCUGCGUGGUCCAGGUAUAUGGCAAGCGCACGAAGAUUUUCAUCCUCAGUCGACAAUAAUGACAUCCGUCGACUUUUAACUUUGCGCAUCAAGGACGCCAUGAAGAGUAAAAACCAAGUCGCUUCUACAACCUUACGCACCGUUCUUUCACAAGUAAACGCCGCAGACAAAACUUCAAAAGCUGGCCCAAUAUCCCCCUCUGCCAUUCUAGCAAUCAUGCGGAAGGCUCAUGCACAACGACUUGAUUCAGCGCACACAUUCAACACAAACUCCAGACCCGACUUGGCCGACAAAGAACUCAAAGAAGCUUCCAUCCUAAACGAUUUCUUACCUCCCUUGCUCAGCCCCGAACAAAUCGAUAACCACUUGCACGAAAUUUUAUCUACCCUUCAAUCAGACCAACGAAAGUCUCCCAAGGCCGCAGGAACCAUCUUUAAAAUCUUUUACUCUAAAAUAGACAAGUCCUCAGUUGACACAGAGCUUGUCAAAAAUAGACUGAAUGCUAUCAUAUCGGCAGGUACAUCUUAA